AUCCACAUAGCCGGCUGAGGAAAUGUUAAUUCUAAGGUCGUUUUGAGACAAUGUGAUUCUAAAUCACAUUUGAGUCAACAUGAAUCGUAAAUCACUUGUGUUUUUGUGUAUUAUUCAACUGUGUUUGUCGAAAAAUAAUGUUUGCAAAAAUUUCGUCGACUAUUCGAAUCUUGCAUUCAGUAAAAAUUGUUGGCACAAUCCCGAUGUUUUUGCGACACCGGAUAAAAUUGCACAAAAUCACGGCUUCGAGUUUCAAAAUCACACAUUAGAGACCGAAGAUGGUUACUACUUGACCAUUUUCCGGGUCCAGGAUAAGUUUGGGGGAAAAAAAGCACCGAUUUUGUUGCACCACGGUUUAGGGAGUAAUGCYAUGAGUUUUAUGGGAUUUGGAAACCAAUCAUUGGCCUUUUAUUUGGCUCGAAAUGGUUUCGAUGUGUGGCUAGCCAAUCAUAGAGGCAAUAAUUUCUCAAAAGGACACUCCCGAAUGAWAAUGUCAAAUCCCAAAUUUUGGGAUUUCAGUUUUCAUGAAAUUGCMGUUUACGAUCUUCCAGCAGUGCUUGAAUUUAUUGCUGAAAAAACCGGAAAUUUCUCGAAAAUUAUUUACGUGGGCCACUCAAUGGGAACAACAAUCGCGUUUAUUUACUCUAGUCUGAAACAACAACAUGCUGAAAAUUUCCUGAAAGGUGUUGUGGCCUUAGCGCCGGUUACCACAUUUAAAUACGGAAAUGCGAUUUUGAAAUUGUUUAAACAACAAUUGAAACAAUUAUUAGAAAAUUUGCUCCAAAAUAACAUAACUGUAGUGUUUCCAGCACCUGAAAAAUUCACCAAAUUAUACGCAAUUCCAAUUUGUCUCCAAUACACAAUAGUUUGUUUGACACUCUUUAACUUGUUUGGGGGUACCGACGAAGGAGAAUUACCUCCUGAAAAUCUAAUGGUCGGAUUAAGUCACCACCCGGGCCGAACAUCAGUAAAAUGCUUAGCUCAUUAUCUCCAAUUCACCUUCAGCCAAAAUUUUCAGCAAUACGACCACGGGGCUGAAAAAAAUUUGCAAGUUUAUAAAUCCCAAUCACCUCCUAUUUACUCWCUUGCAAAUAUUUCAGUCCCCUUUCAUUUAUURUACGGAUUAAAUGAUCCUUUCGCUGGACUUGAGGAUGUUGAAUCAAUUUACAAUCAACUGAAAAUGACAGAAAAGUCGAUAAAUGUAAUACCCGAAAAUGGCGAGAUUAAGUACAAUCAUAUCAAUUUUUUGGCCUCGAAACACAUCGAGAGGUAUUUUUAUAAACCUCUGAUGAAGGUUUUGUUCAAAUUAAGAGACUAGUGUUUAUGUAAAAUUGUUUAUUAAAUAAAUAAAUAAUAAAUAA